AUGAUGGCGGCCGCGUCAGAGCUUCGCAUUAGCUACUGCAAGACCUUCAUCCAUGCCGACGUGCUGGGCGAAGAUCAGAAACAAGCACGUCUUCCACGGUCAGCAAGCUCUCCUGACCUGGGUCACUUCGCUGAUCUGGCCGAGGACGUGCACACGCAAGAUCUCAACACCCAGACAUAUGUCGGCGAUCUGUUGGAGAAGGCCAAGGGUCUGCUGCAUGAGCAAAGCAAUAUAUCUUCCGAGCGCAAGGAGGCGAAGCCGGUCAGGGCCGGGCUGGGCAUUGGAGGUCUGGGCGAGACAGCACCGCUGACUGCGAUGAACCGAGGGAGUCGUGGGCACCCGUUUCUUUGCCGUCGGCCAUGCGUGCACAUCCUGUGCUCGGGAUCUUGUUCCAACGGCGACGCCUGUUCGUACUGCCACUUCCCGCAUGAAGCCAGGAGCAAGUUGGACAGUCGACAGCGCGCGAUGUCGGAGGCGAUGCCCAAAGCUCAGUUGUUAUCUGUCGUGCGCGAGUUGCUGGAGAAGCAGGCCGCCGCCAUCGCAGGCGAUGUCCAGUGGGAAAUUCUCAACGUUUUGAAGGAGGAGAUGGAUGAUGCGGAGCACAGUGCUACAGAUGCUUCCAACUCCGAAGACUCUGAUCUGCAAGCAUCCUGUUCCCUGAUCCCGUAG